UCUCAAACCCGCCCCAAGGCCCUUCUCUCCUUGUGCUUCUAAAAAACCUGGUCCAGGCACCACGCCCCCUUCUCACUGACUAGUGACCUCCUUUUGUUGCUCUGGCUCAACCUUCUGGUGACCUUUGACCCUAGACCUAGUGGAGUUGAUGGGCACUUGCAUCUGUGACCUUUCACUCCUUGGCCUGAUUUGUUCUAACCAAAGGAUGUGGUUGACACGCCCUUCCUGCUUCCCCACAAUAAACCUCAGGGAGGGGGGAGUGUAAUGUAUUGAAAAAGAGGUGUGGCAGAAGUUUGGGUUCCAGAAAGGUGGGGUGGAAAAUCAGAUCGGAGGUCUCCAAGUGUUGAUCUGCAGCAGCAAAUUAUGACCAUUGUAGAUGAACUGGGCAAGGCUUCUGCCAAGGCUCAGCAUCUUCCUGCUCCCAUCACCAGUGCAUCAAGGAUGCAGAGUAACCGCCAUGUUAUGUAUGUGCUCAAAGACACUUCAGCGCGACCGGCUGGAAAAGGAGCCGUUAUCGGCUUCCUUAAAGUUGGAUACAAGAAACUCUUUGUACUGGAUGAUCGUGAGGCUCACAAUGAGGUAGAACCACUUUGCAUUCUAGACUUUUACAUCCAUGAGUCACUUCAGCGCCAUGGCCAUGGGCGAGAACUCUUCCACUAUAUGUUGCAGAAGGAGCGAGUUGAACCACACCAACUGGCCAUUGACCGACCCUCACAGAAGCUGCUUAAGUUCCUGAAUAAACAUUACAACCUGGAGACCACAGUUCCACAGGUCAACAACUUUGUGAUCUUCGAAGGCUUCUUUGCCCAUCAGCAUCGGCCCCCUGCUCCCUCCCUGAGGGCAUCUCGACACUCUCGCGCUGCCAUGGUUGAUCCUACACCCGCUGCUCCAGCAAGAAAGCUGCCACCCAAGAGAGCAGAGGGAGACAUUAAGCCAUAUUCCUCUAGUGACCGAGAAUUUCUGAAGGUAGCUGUGGAGCCUCCGUGGCCCCUAAACAGGGCCCCUCGCCGUGCUACGCCUCCAGCCCAUCCACCCCCCCGCUCCAGCAGCCUGGGAAACUCACCAGAACGGGGUCCCCUCCGCCCCUUUGUGCCAGAGCAGGAGUUGCUGCGUUCCCUGCGCCUCUGCCCCCCACACCCUACCGCCCGCCUUCUGCUUGCUACUGACCCUGGGGGCAGCCCAGCCCAACGUCGGCGCACCAGGGGGGCUCCCCCAGGGCUGGUAGCCCAAAGCUGCUGCUACAGCCGCCAUGGGGGGUUGAGUUCCUCAUCCCCCAAUACAGGUCUGCCAGCGAGGAGCAGGUCUUGUCACAGGCUGGGUCUGGGGAAGAACACACGCACACAGUUCCUCCCCAGGCCCAGGCCCUACCAGCCCAGGCCUGGACAAUGGGUGGGGACAUAUUCAACGCCAGGUUCAUUCGAAACUUGCAGGACCGUCGCAGCACCAGGCCUUGGUGACCGCAACACCCCCUCACACCUUCAAAGUCAGUAUUCUCACUACAGGAGGUAGCCAAAGCCCGCCGUCAUAAGGAUGUAUUCAUGCAUUCAUUCAUUAAUUCAACAGGCUUUAUCAAUGCCAAGUCACUUGUAUUUUAUUUUUAACCUGAGUAAUAAAAGUAUUUAUUUUUAUCACGAGAGCUACUGCAAGUUGAUGGUCAUUAUU